AGCAAUCAAAAAUGGAGGAUUCAUUCUCCAAGACCUCCAAACAGCCCAUUCUCCAAACCCAAUCUUCUUCCAGGAAUCGAGCAAAACUUCAACUCACAUUCUCCCUACUCAUUUUCUUCUCCCUCAUUAUCGCCUCCAUAAUCUGCGUUUUCAACGUCCUCAAGCACCACGCCCAAUCUCAAUCGCUAUCCCACAACCCCGAAAACGCUAUCCACUCGGUGUGUUCAUUCACAUCGGAUCCCUACUUCUGCUACGACGUCGUUUACGUAUCUUCGUCCACACCCGAUGGCAUCAACCCGACCCGCAUCUUCUCUACUUCGCUCCUAUCGUCGCUAGGCUACCUAUCGGAGCUGGUGGAUCUCCCCAAGUCCAUGAUCUCGGGUUUGGACCCGGAAACGCGGUUCGUUUUGAGGGAAUGCGAGUUCAUGUUCGUGUUCGCUCAGAGUCAACUCAACGAGUCAGUGGCGCGCCUGCACAUGGGGGAGAAUUCGGAAUAUGGGAAAAUGCUGGGAGUGGAUAAGCUGGUAUGGGAUUUGCAAUCGUUUAUCAGCGAGGCGCAAGGGCAGGUCAAGAGGUGUACUAAGUGGCUGGAGUCAACCAAAUCACCGAUGGACCCGAGAAUAGAAGUAAACACAGAGAUGGCUGAGAGGGUAAUGACGAUUUGUCAAGAGAUGUUGGCUAAUAGGAAGGACAUUCUUGAUUUGUUUUAUCCGAGGAUAAGUUCCGUUGUGGGUUCUCUUGUGUUGAAUAGUGAAUACGAUUUUAGUGUUUUCCUGUUUUGCUCUCAGUACUUGGUUUUGGUCUUCCUCUGCUGCUUGUUGUUUCGUUUGAUAUUAAGAUAG